AUGGCUUUCGUCAUUUCCAAAGCUCCACCACAACAAAAGCAACCAUCUUUCUCAGAAGCUGAGAAGAAAGAUGGGCAUGAAGAACUCUCAGAAGCACAGAGUUCUUCCAUCACCAGACAUGUCUACUUGAAAUCAUCAGCUACUGCUGCCAUGGACAGAGAUGUUGUUCUUCGACGCAUUCGUCACCACAAGAACUUGAGCAAGGUCAAAAGUGCUUUUCAAGCUCUGAUGGGCAGCUCACAGGAAGCUUCAUCUAUGGCCUCAGUGGACCAGACAUGGCUGCCCCAGGAGGACAUUUUCUCUUCCCCUUAA